AUGGCAAAGAAAACUCAAGUCUUCCGAGUAUCGAUAUAUUUAAAGAGGAAAGAAGGUCUCAGUGUAGAGGAAUUCAAUAGAUACUGGAGUGAGAUACACGGCCCACUGGUGCGGCCUUUGAUACAAAAGUAUGGUAUACUCAAAUACACCCAGUACCACACAAGCGACACGUUGCAACAAUCAGCCAUCGAUGCAUACCCAGACCUUAAGUCGCUGAGUCUGACGCCUUAUGACGGCGUGGCAGAAUUUAUUGUCAAGGAUAUGGCGGACAUCAGGAAGUCACAAGAAGAUCCAUUCUACUUGAACGAGGUUCGAAACGAUGAGGCGAACUUCUUUGAUGUGUCUGGGGCGCAUUGGACUAUCGGUUGGGAGGAAGUCUAUGUCGAGGACAAUAAGCUCGUCCCCGAGAGCCAGAUCAGGCUGAACGCCCCUUAA